AUGACCGGACUGGACGCCACUGCUGAGUCGCUCCUGCGCGACCCGCAGUACCUCUUGCGGCUGCACCACAAGGUCAUGCAGUGCCUCAUAAAAUGCGACCCCUCUUCUUCUGUCCGGUCACUUUCACCAUCAUUUAUGAAGAUUGACUCCAGGUAUCGUGCUCGUGAUCGCGUGCAACCGACCGAUCUCUGGGCGCUGAAGGGCCUUCUUCGCCAGAUUCUCCCUGCGAGCAUCUUGAGUGACAGAGAACUGCUGUUGCUCCUCGCCAUGCUGCCGCUUGAAGACUACGCGGAGGACCGGAUAGAAGGCGAAGGAAGUUGUACUGGUCGUGGUGGGGGCGGCGGGGAUGAUGACGGCCCUUGCGCUAGUCCCGUGACAAUGUUGUUGUGUUUGCGGCAGAUGUGUCCUUUACGGGCAACGCUGCUGCGGGAGAUCCUUUGUGUAAUGGAUGCAAAUUCACAAUCACCCCACCCAUCUGAGUCACCUAGCGGCCUGGCACUGGCAGCGCACAUGCGCAACGAGAAGGAGGGUGCAUGUGUUCUCCAGGUCUCUACACUUCUCGACUGCCUAACGCAGUCGUACGGCCUUACCCUCUCUCAGGCGCUUUUCCUGAUCGAUUACUGCGCCAUUAGUACUACCUCAACACACACCGCAGUUGCGGUCGAUGGAUCGUACUUUUACUCGCUGUUGUACAAACGUCCACUGCCAGCUGAUGUGCACUUCCCACUGCUCAUGUCCGUAUUCGCUGAGGCUAUUAGUGACCCAAACAGGAUGGGUCACUCUGGCACCUUAGCUCUCAUUGAGGAACUGCAUCGUCUGCCACUUGAACAAGGUUCCACCUCAGGUGUAGAGAGGAAAGCGGAUUUGUGUAUUGAUGUUGGGAAGGAGUUGGCUGGCAGCUAUCUCAAAUUUGAGUCGUUUGAGCAGCUGUGCAGUAAUCUGCGCGUUGGUCUGGCGACAGAAGAAGUCUCUCGGCUCUUCCACUUUCUGCGGGAGGGCGGCACUAGGGAGGUUGUAUCUGUUUAUACACUGAUGCGAGAGUUUACGCGGCAUUUUACCCCGGCCGGUGAGUCUCUCUUUGGCAUUGUUGUGGAGGCGGUGCGGCGUUACAUAGUGAAGGCUGGCGGCAUGUUAGCCCUCCUGCGUCUGCACCUCGCCCUCCAUGAGGGUGCGCUUCCCAUUGCACAUUUCAUAGGCACGUUGCGUGAAGUCGGCGUGCCAGACAUCGUGAGCGACGCGGAGGUAGAGUGGCUGCGAUUUAGGGGUCGGGACCGAGUGCGCUUGGUGCGUUUGUUGUGCGGCAAGUUCCCUGCGAGCCGCGAGGCACUGGUUAGGCAACUCUACGACCUGUUAAUAGCCCACGGGGACGCAUCGAAGAAGAGACGAGAUGGCGUAGAGGCGGAACACGUCCUGGCUCUGUUCCAGCCAGAGAAGGCACAAGACGUUCUAAUCGGUAGUAAUCAGGAAUGGCGCCAUGUGAUGUCGUGUUGCUUCUGCGAGAACGCGUGCGAGGUGCUGACGUACGAUCGUUUUUCUUACUUUUGGUGUGCCGUUUCGGCAGCCUGCGACGAUGACUCCGUUUUCACAAUGAUUCUGUGGCGCUGCUUCAGCAUGCACACAAACCGGUAA